ACCAGGCCCCAGCCAGGUGGGGAAGCCUGAGAACAAAUACAGGCCAGCUCCAAACUUCCUGGUUGGGGAACCGUCAGAAGAUUCACCUGGGCUAGUCUUGGAGACCCACCAGCCUUCUCCCUGCAAAUAGGAAAUCUGCAUAGCCUGGGCAAAUCCGUCAGCACUGAGACAGUGAUCUCUCUGCACAGCUACAUAGGCACAGGCUGGAAGGCUGCUUUUCAGAAUCUGGGGGGCUCUGAUCUGUGGUCUGCUGGCUGACAAGCUUGAACGCUGGUUGAGACAAUGGAGAAGUAUAAGCAAAUACUAACCAUAGGCAGGGGAUCGAGUGCUGAGGUCUUCCUGAUGAGGAACACAGAGACAAAGAAACUGUUUGCCGUGAAAAAAAUCAAGACAGAUCCAUCAAAGAAAAUGAGAACCAAAGAGGCAGUGCUUCAAGAGGUGACCAUCCUGGGCAAACUCAAGCACCCCCACAUUGUAACCUGCCAUGAGCACUUCUUUGAGGAGGAACAUAUGUUCAUCAUCCAGGAUUACUGUGAUGGUGGCUCCCUGGAUGACCACAUUAAGAUGAGGAAGGAGGGGUACUUUCCUGAGAAUACAGUCAUGGAAUGGUUUGUGCAACUAGCUAUGGCUGUUCAGUACAUCCAUUCCAUUAAGAUCCUGCACCGAGAUAUCAAAACAUCCAAUGUGUUUCUCACUAAGAACGGGAUGGUGAAACUGGGGGACUUUGGCAUUUCGAAGGUCAUGAACAGCACCCUGGACAUGGCAAGCACUUUUGUAGGCACACCCUAUUACUUGAGCCCAGAGCUCUGCGAGGAUGUGCCGUACAGCUCCAAGUCAGACAUCUGGGCACUGGGAUGUGUUCUCUUUGAAACGUGUGUCUUAAAGCCACCCUUUGAUGGAAUAAAUCUGGUCAGCUUAUUUUACAAGAUUGUGAAAGGUGAGUAUGCUGCUGUGCCAGAGUGCUAUUCUGAGCCCCUGCAUGGCUUGAUCCAAACCAUCCUGGAGAAGUGCCCAGGAAAGAGACCCAGUGGCAGCAGCAUCCUCAACAUCCCUUAUGUCCAGCAACACCUCAAGCUUUUCCUUCUUCACCAAGAAUCCCAGCUCUUCAAGCAGCAACGUCUGGCAAAGCUCCAUGAGGAGGACAACACAGAUUCCCUCCCAUCCACACCUCAAACUAAGACACUGUUAGCUCACCAAGUGAGAGGAGCCUUAAGGCCAAAGUCAGCUCCACCGUAUGUCAGCACACACAGUCCAGAGCUUUAUGAGCCAGAGGAGCUCUUCAGCACUCUAGGCAGCAGCUCAGAUUACUCUGAAGACUUUGAGCAUGAAAGUGUGUCUUCCAUUGAGGACAACUUAGAAGAUGACAUACCCAUUCCACCUCUGAUCAAGGAGGUGCCAAGAGAGAUAGACCAGUGCAGCUCUCCUGACAGACUAUUACCCUCCAGUCCUCUGAGCACAGAUUUACAAGAGUGGAAGGAUGAGGCAGAGCUGACUGAUUACCCUGAUGAUUUUGAGGAGGUUGAGGAAACCAGCCUGGAGGAGGUGGUGGGCAAUGCUCGCUGUGCAAUCAAGGUGCCAGCUGACAAUGAGGCAUUCCAGGAGGAACAGAUGGAUCACCAAGGGUCUGCUGCUCUCUCCUCCACCCUGAAGACUUUGUGGGAGACAUGCAAAGGUGAGGCUGGACCUUCUCUGUAUGAUGAAAUCACAGGUCAGGCCCAGUUCACCCCUGAGGAUCUGCAACCUCAUUUUGAACAUCGAAUUGGCCCUGACCACCUGGAGACCUGCUAUCUGCUCCUCAGCUUGGACCAGGAAACAACUUAGUCCAGGCCUCUUCAUGGAGACAGCCUGAAGGAAGAGAGUUAGCUGAAGAUACAAAGUAGUGUGCUGCUGAGUAUUGUUCUGGAUUGGCAAAUAAGGUUGCCUGAUGGCCAGUGCUGAGUUUUCACUCAUUGCUUGGUACAUAAGAAUGGCCAUACUGAAUCAGACCAAUGAUCCAUUUAGUCCAGUGCUCUGUC